AUGGGUGUUGAAAAAGCAAGCGGUCUUGUUUUUGGUGACUAUUCAUCAUCAUUUGACGAUCUUCGUUGGUAUGUUGAUGCCGCUAAUGCUUACAAUCUGGGAAGUGUUUUUGAUAUGGAAUUUGAUAUUGAUAGUAAAGGAAGACAUUUCAAAUGCUUGUUUUUCGCUUUUGAGGCAUGUAUUCAUGGUUUCAAGUAUUGUAGGCCUGUGUUGAUGCUUGAUGGAACUUUUUUGAAAGGAAGACACAAAGGUUGUUUAUUGGCUGCUACGGCGAAAGAUGGUAACCAAGGUAUUUUGACUCUGGAGAGGGAUAUUGCAUUUGUUACUGAUCGACAUGGAGGUUUGCUAAAAGCUUUAGCUGAGACAAACUUGAAGACUUAUUUGUCCGUGAAGAGUCGUGAAUCAAAAGAGUAUUUGCUUACUCUUUUUAGUAGAUGUGCAUAUGCUCCUACUAUUGAGUUGUUUAAUGAGCUAUUUGAAGAAUUUAAGGGUCGUUGUGGUCGUAGUGUUGAGAGGUUUCUUGAGGAUUUGCCUAAUGAGUGUAGGUGUAAUGCUUAUUUUCAAGGCAAGAGGUAUGGUGAAAUGUGCACAAAUGCUGCGGAAUCUUUUAAUUCAUGGAUUAGGGAUGAACACCAUUUGUUUUCAACUAGUCUUGUUGAUGCUAUAUGGAUGAAACUAAUGGAGCAAUUUUCGAGAAGGAGAGAAGUUGGGAAUAAGUGGAAUCGUAUUGUUUGUCCUUUUGCAGAGAAAAAGUUGGAAGAAGCUUUUAAUGAUACAAAAGCAUGGAUAGUUAAGAAAUGUAGCGAUGACAUUUAUGAAAUCCAAUUGGAUCAUUCAGUUAUGGUUGAUAUUGGGAAACGUUGUUGUUCUUGUCGGUUGUGGGAAAUUGAUUCUUUUCCUUGCAAACAUGGUUUUUGUGCUAUAAAGAGGAGCGAGAAGGAUCUGAAUUGCUUUCUUGAUGAUUACUACCGUGUUAGUAGUUAUUGUGAUUCUUAUUCACAUUCUAUCUAUCCAGUUCCUAGUAUGUGGAAGCCAAAUGUAGUUGUUGAUGAUGACGUUGUUUUACCUCCUCUUUGUAAGAGACCAGCUGGACGUCCAAGAACGGAGAGAAUACCUUCUAAGGGUGAAAUCAAGAGAAUUAGAUGCAGUAGGUGUGGAAAGAUGGGAACUCAUAAUCGGAAGACAUGUAAACAUGCUUUGCUUUAG